AUGGCUGGAGCAAAUCACAGCCGGAAUGCUUCACAAAUCAGAAGCCGAGCAAACGACAGCGACAAUGAUUCUGUGCUCGGGGCGGUCAUUGAUACGCGACAGAUUGAGGCCUUUGGCCGCAAGGUGACAGCGACGGCGAGUCACUUGAUGAGCGAUGCUGCUUCGACGCCCCAUUACAGCGGUGCUCUCACAAGCAUUCAACGCUCCAUGCGCCGUCCACACAUGCAACGCUCAGUUCUGAGCUUCACCCAGCAAGCUCCUACCGAACUCGUCCGUUCCAAGAUCAGUACCAGUGAGAUUGCACACCGAGCAGUCGCCUUUAUUUCCGAUGAACAGCUUCACAACAUCCCUGAGACCGAGCACACCUACUCUCUAUUUCAAGGCUUCCAGGCAAGUCUUCCUGAUAUCGAUGAGAAUGAGCACAGAAAGGGUCAUCGACGGCGUGGUCAGAAGUUACUCGGAGCCGGUCCAGAUAUAGACGAAGAUGGGCCGCCCAAUCUGGUGAAGCUGAAGAAGAGACGCAAUCAGACAAAUCACAGACUGGAAAUGAUGGGCAUACGGAAGAACCUAUGUAGUUCAGAAAUCAGAGAGAUCGAUAACAAGAUUGCCAACCUCAAUUCUAUGCGGAGAAUCGUUCUUGAUCGACUGGCUGGUUUGGAAGCCGAAGAGGUCGAAGUUGAGCAGGAAAUUCUUCAGUUGGACAAUCAAAUUGAGGAUAUGACUGAGGAAGAAGCAGUUCGUGCGCUGGCCGAGUCGACCACCACGUUGGAACCAGGCCAAAUGACUCCUCCUGCCGCCGACGAUGCCAUGGAUGCUUCCUUCAUGUCUGAAUCUAUCUACGAGAAGCUACCCUCUGUCAAAUCUCCCAAGUCGCCGAAGAACAAGAAAAGACCUAGCUACGUCAAACGGAAGAGCAUGCCCGUCCUCCACGAGCACUUGGAACCUGGUUCGAAUAUCCGUACCUUACCAGCUCACAACGAUGUUGUUACUGCUAUCGACUUCGAUGCUCCUUUCGGCACUAUGGUGACUGCAUCCCUGGACGACACGGUACGUGUUUGGGAUCUCAACCUCGGAAGAUGUAUGGGCUUCCUGGAAGGUCAUACUGCAAGUGUACGCUGCCUACAGGUCGAGGACAACAUCGUAGCCACGGGGUCGCAAGAUGCUACCAUCCGUCUUUGGGACAUCAGUCGAGCCAAGUAUGAGCCCUUUGAGCAUAACGUCCAUACCGAGGAUGACGGAUUAGGCUUUGGCAACGAGGGUGAGGACGAAAUUCCUCCGCCACAUCCAGAUGCCAUGGAAGACUGCCAUUUCAUGACCUUGGAGGCACACGUCGCCGAGGUGACUGCUAUACAUCUACGCGGUGACACACUCGUUUCUGGCUCUGCGGAUAAGACCUUGCGUCAAUGGGAUAUGGUCAAAGGUCGAUGCGUGCAGACCCUCGACGUGCUUUGGGCUGCCGCUCAAGCAUCAGCCUCGCAUAGUCUAGGCACUACAGGCGAUACUGACUGGAAGCCAACCACCCGCGGCGCAGAUGCCAACUACGACUUUGUAGGUGCUCUCCAGGUUUUCGACGCAGCAUUAGCCUGCGGUACAGCAGAUGGUAUGGUGCGACUGUGGGAUCUGCGGUCCGGCCAAGUGCACCGCAGUCUCGUCGGCCACACCGGUGCCGUUACCUGCCUCCAGUUCGACGAUGUACAUCUCGUGACUGGCUCUGCUGAUCGAAGUAUACGCAUAUGGGAUCUACGUACCGGCACAAUCGCCGAUGCCUUUGCCUAUGACAACCCGAUCACCUCUAUGAUGUUCGACACGCGCCACAUCGUUGCAGCUGCUGGUGAGGAUAUCGUCAAGGUCUAUGACAAGACUGACGGCAGACAUUGGGAUUUGGGUGCAGGUGCUAAGCUUACGGUAGAGGAUAACAUGGAGGGGAAGACGGCGAGCACGGUGGAGAAGGUUCGGCUCAAGGAUGGGUUCUUAGUUGAAGGGAGGAGGAGUGGUGAGAUUGGUUGUUGGACGUGCUAG